CUCAUUGCAGCCAUAAUUUGAGAAAUCCAGUCCUGAACAGUACUCUAUCCACCACCAUGGCGCUCGACACCACUAAAUUCUACAACAUCAUCAACAACGAACGCACCACAACCCCAGAAACCCGCCACAGCACCAACCCAACAACCGGCCACCCGAACCCCCCCGUCCCGGUAUCCAGCCAAACCGACCUCGACACCGCCGUACUGGCCGCGCAAUCCGCCUUCCCAGCAUGGUCGCGCACCCCCCUCUCGACCCGGCGCACCCUCCUCGCAACCUACGCCACCCUCCUUGAAACCCACAAGUCCGCCCUGAUCGCCCUCCUCACGCAAGAACAAGGCAAACCCCUCAGCCAGGCCCAAAUCGAAGUCGAAAUGGCCAUCACCUGGACCCGACAAAUCCCCACCCUCGAUUUGCCGGUGCAAACCAUCGAAGACACCCCGGACCGCCAGAUCAUCCAGCGCUACGUGCCCAUCGGCGUGUGCGGCGCCAUCGUCCCCUGGAAUUUCCCGGUCUUGCUGGCGGUGGGGAAAAUCGUGCCCGCCCUGGUCACGGGGAACGUGGUCAUCGUGAAGCCCAGUCCGUAUACGCCGUACUGCGCGUUGAAGUUGGGGGAGCUUGCAGCCCAAAUUUUCCCGCCGGGGGUGGUGCAGGUGCUUAGUGGCGGGGAGGAGCUGGGGCCGUGGAUGACGGCGCAUCCCGGGAUCCAGAAGAUCAGUUUUACGGGGUCGAGUGCUACCGGCCGGAAGGUGAUGGAGGGGUGUGCGCGCGGGUUGAAGAGGGUGACGCUGGAGUUGGGGGGGAAUGAUGCCGCGAUUGUGUGUGAGGAUGUGGAUGUGGAUGCGGUUGUGCAGAAGACAUUGGAUCUUGGUUGUGGAUUGUGGGUUUGUGAAUUGUGGAGUGCGGAUGGAGUGGGGAGGAUGCAUAUCUUGGUUCCAUGGCAAUUGCUGACCGACGAUCCCCAACAGAUCGGCAUCAUCGCCUUCCUCUGCUCCUCGCAGAUCUGCAUGACGAUCAAGCGGCUGUACGUCCACGAGAAGAUCUACGACCAAUUCCGCGACAAACUCGUCCAGUUCGUGCGCGCCCUGAAGGUCGGCGACGGCACCCUCCCGGACACCUUCUUCGGCCCCGUCCAGAACCGCAUGCAGUUCGACAAGGCCACGGACUUACUGGCCGCGACACAGGCGGCCGGCCUGCAGACUAUCGCCGCCGGCGAGGUCCCCGCCGAUCUCGGGAAAGGGUACUUCAUCCCGCCGACGAUCGUGGACAACCCGCCCGAGGCCUCGCGCGUGGUGCAGGAGGAGCCCUUCGCGCCGAUUCUGCCGCUGCUCAAAUGGUCCGACGAGGCGGAUGUGGUCGCCCGCGCCAACGCCUCCGACUACGCGCUGAGCGCCUCGGUGUGGAGUCGCGAUCUGGGGCGGGCGCGCCGGAUCGUGGACCAGCUGCAGGCAGGCUCGGUGUGGGUGAACUCGCACUUCGACGUCGCGCCCCACGUGCCAUUUGGCGGGCACAAGGCCAGUGGGAUGGGCACGGAGUGGGGAGUCCAUGGGUUGGUGGGCUGGUGCAAUUCGCAGACCUUGUGGUUGAAGAGUCAGCUGUAGCUGUUACUCGAAACUAUAGAAUUGAAACAUUGUUGGCAACGAGUAAAGAAACAGGUCUUGAAUCUAUACAUCUAUACUGCA